AUGAGCCAUUUCUUUUCUUCUUUGAUGAACACUACACUUCCCAAGCAAGAUUUGUCUGUAUUCAAACACAGCUUUCCUCAAGAAACAGCAUUUGAAGUGCUCAAUCAUUUUCUUGUAGGUGUCUAUGUCGGUAUAGUUGCUAGCUGGACCAUUCAUCUGGCCAAAUGCAUCUUGAGUCAAUGGGUCUUUUUUCUUUUGCUUAUGUGGCAUGGAUGGUCUGUAAAGAAUGCCGUGUUGAUGACCAUACUCCAAAUUCUCGAUCAAAAGCCUGAUUUUUCAGACAUAUUACCGAGAAAAGAAAACAGUCGACAUGACACAAAGACCAAGGCAUUAUCACCAAGAGAUUCAAUACGAAAUAAGGCCCACUGCCACACACGCAAGGAUCAAAAAGCGAUUUUUUCUUUGGAUCCAACAAAAGAAAGAGAUUACUCUAAACAACUGGCUACACAUCGCCUGCAUGAAAACAAAAACUCUGAUCAUUUUGAAGCCUCGCAAACGACAAUCAACAUGAAAUCCAGCAAGACAUUAGGAAAACCAGUCAUGCCUGCUCAAAAAACGCAUCAAACAACGUUCCAGGCACCAAAAGAGACAAAGAAUGAUUCAACAGAAGUCUUGCUGAGACAACUAGAAGCACUGGAGAAACAAAAAGAGCCUACCAUGUCUGAGAUUGAUGCCAUGUAUUAUCAAGGUAUUAUUCCUUCCAGUUGGACACCGAAGCUUAAUUUUGACUGCAAUCAUCAAUUGGCACCCACGUAUGAAAGACAGUCGUUUGACCGUAUGCAGCUCUUAACGGUCCAAGAACCCACUCAUCCCACUCAUUGUCUUGAUCAAAGACAAGGUGAUCCUUUUGUAUAUCCCUCCUCUGCUUCUUUUGGAUUCAAAAAAAGCUAUAAAUGUCGAGAAGAUCAAGCAAGCAACCAUAUGAGUACUCAUGCCGUGGUAGGAAGCAGCGAUACGAUAAAAAAGCAAAAUCAAAAGAUGUCUUUAAAAGGGUUUGAAGCACAACAAACCAGACAAACAACUACUACAUCUCAACAGCCAUUCGCGCACAAACAACCUAUCUCGCCAUUUCAGAAAAAGCCAGUAUCGAUACCAUCUCGUCACAGAAAAUCAACUCGGUUUACCUUGUCUUCCAAAAGACAAAGAGAACAGUAUCCUGAAGCAGGUUUGGAUCAAAGAACAUCUGUUCUUUCAUCAGACAACACCAAGUGCACAAAUAUUACCUUAAGGUCAGCUAAUAUGACAGAGAAUUUGUCAAUCGAUAGCAUCAAACAAGUUCUUGCUGAAAAAGUGUUUGAUCAUGAUCAACAGAAAGUCAACAUUGUUUGUAGAGCUUUAGAAGCAAGUUUAGCUCAGAAAAACAAGAAUGCUACUGUCCAAGAAAGUGAUAAAUUAUCAACCAAUAUCAACGAAAAGUCUAUCUUUGCCUCUCAAGAAAGUUUUGUCUCAAGCCUGACUGAUUCAAAUCGAACAAUACUUGAUAAAGAAGCAAACUGA